AGGUGACUUCGGGGACUGCACCGUGGCCGAUGAAUGCAGCGUGCUCGCUUCGUCUCUUCCCGUCUCGUUCUUCACAACCGCAGGUAAGGGCAAAAGACUUGUUGCUAUCCGAUGAUACGCGUAAGGGUUCUUUGGGCCUGCCGGCUCCUCGCUUGGAAGCGAACUCUCCUCGUACGGCAGUGCGAGAAGCUCUGGCUGGCUUUCUGGCACGUGUUCUGGCUCAGUGUCUUGCAGUUCUGCGGUGUCAGUUUGCGGCUGAGAAUGCGAUGGUGCCCAUGUCUUAGACUUGGCUUUGUUCAGGAACUUGAAGUUCCUGAUGGACGGCUUUCUCAUGGCUGCGGGGCGGAUUCCCACUCUUGCAGGCCCUGGGUGACUGUGAACGUGAGUGACGGGGAGUUCGUUGAGACUCUGGGUGCGCGGGUGCUGCAGUCUCUUCAGUUGUACAGAACGUGGAAGCUUUGUCGCGACGGCGUGGUGAUGGAGGGUGGAGAGGGUCGUUUCAGGGCGCUGUGGGCUUUAAUGACGUGCCAGAAUAAAGGGAAUUGAGAACGUGGGCGUGGUGGGACCGUUGAAGUGAACACCCGUGGUGGGCUC